CCAGCUCGCUAUUGUUACUUCUCGAGAGUCCUGUUGCGGUUGCCUCUCAGAAUGGGCGUGAGUAGUACCUGAAAAGAGAGCCAGAGACUCGCUCUGCCCUUGUGCAGCAGCGUUCUGAGCGCUCAGUUCAGUCUGGAAGAGAGAGCAGCGGGAUGGAUUGCGCAGGAUUUAAGUCAAUUGAGGUCUGAACAGUCUCCCAAAACCAAGUGAGACACACAGGAGGGAGGGGAGCAGGAGUCAGAGGGUGUUUGAAUGAGCGAGGAGCAUCAUUGAAACAAGAAGAGAGAGAGAGACAAAAAGAGGGGAAGAGUGAGGGGAAUAAGUCUGGACCCGUCGACUGAGCGCUAACAAACCUCCAAGGGGCUCCCCGGUUCUGUCGGUGUGCUCACAGGAUCAACGAUCCGACCAUGGUGCCAGCGCGCUGCCCGGGACCCUGUGCCAUGCUGGCGCUUAGCCUCUUCUUGGGCUGUGGCGUAGCGUCCUCCCUCGGCCAGAACGACACGGAGCCGAUCGUUCUAGAGGGGAAGUGUCUUGUAGUGUGCGACUCGAACCCUUCCUCGGAUGGAGGAGUCACUUCUUCGCUUGGGAUAUCCGUCCGAUCUGCUGGGGCGAAGGUGGCUUUUUCCGCCGUGCGCGGAACAAAUCAUGAGCCGUCCGAGAUGAGCAACACGUCAAUGACCAUCUACUUUGACCAGGUUUUAGUCAACAUCGGCAACCAUUUCGAUCUCAAAGCGAGUGUCUUCCAGGCGCCGCGCAGAGGGAUUUAUAGUUUUAGCUUUCAUGUGGUGAAAGUCUACAACAGACAGACCAUCCAGGUGAACCUGAUGCAGAACGACUACCCAGUGAUCUCAGCCUUCGCCGGUGACCAGGACGUGACGAGGGAAGCGGCCAGUAACGGAGUUCUGCUGAUGGUGGAGCGCGAGGACCGGGUCUACCUGAAGCUGGAGCGGGGUACCUUAAUGGGCGGAUGGAAAUAUUCCACCUUCUCAGGGUUUCUGGUGUUUCCUCUAUAAUCUAAUGGACAGCGAUCACCCACGUCGCACUGGACGGCUUUGAGUGCGAGGAACAACGACAGAGCAGAAGAAGAAAAAAGUAUCAACACGCUGUUUAUUUUUAACUGAAACUGUCAGCCACGGACGCCGACGACUAUCUGUAUCCCCGCGCCCACUAUCUAGUCAAUUACAAACAUUUCCUUGGAGUUCCAUCAACUCUGUUCCAUCACUCUAAUCUGGAAACUAUAUUGACCAGAGUGUGUUUGUCGGGUACGUGGAGUUUUUUUUUUCUUCCCUUUUUUUCAAGCUCGGAAAACUUUGACAGACAAACGUGCGUGACCCUUGGCAAGGAAAAGAAUGGAGGAGUGGAACCGAAGACCUGGACAGGCCGAGUGUGUCAUGCUCUAUUUUGUGUUCGUAUAACCUUAAAGAAUAUAUUGGUUCCUGUCCAGUAAAAUGUAUGGAAUAACGGACAUCCACUGAAGAAGUGCUCUCCCGCCCAAGGCUUUUAUUUUCUGCACGAAUGGAAGAAUUUCUUUGUUUUGUGCUGUUAAUGGUGUCGCGUGUGGAUGCUUGAAAAUAAGCCAAAUGUAGGCCUCCGACGAGUUUAUUAUAAGAGGAAAAAAGGCGACGUCUUUGCGCCAUCGGAGCCGAAUUUAGAGCCUUUUAUUGAAAGAAUUAUACUAUAUGAUUUAUAAAGUACUUAUUCACAUUACUGUUGUCAACAUUUCGGAAUCUGCGUAGCUUUGACUGAUUUAAUGUUCAGUGACGUUGCUCACCAAAUGUACAUUGUGGAAACAAUAGAAAAAAACUAUAUAUGUCCCGCUUAAUAAAAGAUAUUGUAUUGUAUAGGCUAAGCGCUUUUAUCACGUGUCUUCAGCCACGUUGCGCGGGCGGGUCCGGUUGCUGUCCAGGGUCCUGAAAUCGCGUUGAAACACAUAGGCUCAUGAGGCGUCAUUGAGAGAAAAUACUUAGUUUAUUUAUUUUAGUGGAUAUUGGUUUAUUCAAUAUUUCUGCUUAAACUGGAGCAUGAACACACACACACACGAUUAUUUAGUGAAAAGAAAUGCAAUUGUCUAAUGUGUCAGAGUAGCACUCGCUCAAACGCAGUUCAAUGAAGUGAAUAAAAAAGAACAAAAUAGAAGUUUGGAUAAAGUGCAAAGAGAUUAACAAGUGGCAACACGUAUUAAACACAUUUGUAAAGACCUGAAUCUCAUGAGUAUGAACCAGGGUCACAAAGAUGGCAGCCCACAGGGUCCGGUCGAGAGUAGCCUGGUGGCGUGCUGGCAAAAUACAUACAUUUUCAUGUUAACUGUCUUUUUAUGAUCACUUUUAUGUUCCCUAUUUGGUUGAAACAUUGUUGAAAGAAUGUCUUGUUGCUGAUAACAGUAUAUCAUCCCAAGUAAAUUGUGGAACUGUUGGUGAUGCAGAAGUAUGCGUCAUCAAACUGGGGGUGGCGCUUUGCGUCAUGAACUGUCUUUGAACAAGCUUGCAGCCUUACAAAUGUUGGUGUCCCCAGGUUUAAAGAGUUCAAAACAACACUGCAAAUUUCUCCAAAAAUUCCCCCCUUCAUAUUUGCACUUUAUCCGUCAUCAAAAAGCUCAGUGAUGGGCCUGCAGUGAUGGUGGCUGAAACAAUACUGCAGUGGCACAAGAAUCUGAAAACACUUUUUUUGUCGUCCACGCCUGAAACAAAAUCUGAAAUCAAUAUUGCAAAAACCUGUAGAAUGAUCAGGACCUGUUUUAAGAAACGUUACUGUUCACCAGACAGCUAUAGUUUGACAGUAUAUCUUUUGAAAUGACCAUUGACGUUCUUGAUGUGCAGCUGUAACCGCGGCUCCUUUUAAGUGUUUUGUCACUUGUGUUCUCACCUACUGUAGAAUGGCUCAUUAACAUUUGUUUUAUUUGAGUUAUUUGGGGAGACAUGGAGUUAAAAUGUAUGGAAUAUGACAAUGCAGAUCACCAUUGAUGUAAUAUUUGAACUCGAAGUUAACAAAUCCAAAAUAAUUCAGAUUUUAUGCAGAGUUAUAUUACAUAGAGAAGCUGAUAUUUUACAAUACAAUGCUGUUUUUUAUUUCAUUUUUAAAUGAAUUUAGAAUGCUAUUGUGUCAUGUGCAGCAGCUAAAAUGUAGCAGUAAAAAAACAAAGAAGAAAGAAAGAAAAAGUCCAGACUGGCUGAUCGACUAAUGAUGCCAACAAUACGUCCCAACAAAGCAGCAGAAACUGCCAGUAAAUCACAGUGUUUUGGAAAGCAGAUGAAAUUGGCCUAUAAUGUGAUAAUUGCACUGGUGCUGGAAUAAAAUGCCGGCUUCCAAAUUAGCCCCUUAGAUAAUUAAGUUAGCCAUCAAACACGCAAACAACAAAGCAGAGGAAUUCAGAGGAAAGAUAUUUCAGUUUCGAAACUUUCAAGCAUGCAAAGUUCUGAUGCAGUCUAUUCAUCUGAGUUUGUACGCUAAAUUGCCAAUUUAUCUUCAUCCCAAAUGCAGCCAUUACCUAUGGAUUUUUCUUUAUUGCCAUCUAUUCUUUUUAUUUUGGGAGGAAAAAUAACUUUUUGUGGAUAGUGACUUUUAUCAGUGGACAUGACCUUUUUCCACUUGAGACUGAAACCAGAAAUGUGUUGAUAAGAUGCAGGGUCUCUACCUGUCACUUGCAUGUUGCUAAGGAAUUCAGCCUUUUGUGCUUUCAAACUUUCACGCUAAAAUGGUCUUAUGGUUUAUUUAAAUCAUUACAGAAAUGAACAGAGUCAGCAUGUAGUGCUGUAGCCUCACAGCAAGAGGGUCACGAGUUCAACUCCAGCGAGAGGCAACUCUUGGAGCAAACCUGAGUCCAUACUGUGUGCAUUAUAUAAGUUAUCUGCUGAGGGAUUUCACCUGAAAUGUACAGUGGUGGAUUGGAAUCUUUGUGUUGUUUGACAACAAGUGGCGACCAGUCUUGGGUGUGCACAGCCUCACCCCAACUAGCUACCCCAACUAUUUACAUGGUGAAAACUCUUGCAUCAGAUCUGAGUUAUAACAACUGGUGUAUACAGUGGCUCUGGCUUUAGGAACCAGCAUCAACCCUAAAUGACAAGUUGUGAGCCACAUGAAGAAGAAGCAAAAUAAUACUUUAUACAUGUGUAAAUAUAAGAUAAAGAAAGGUGUAGGCAACCGUAAAUACAUCAGAAUAUAAGCAAAAUGAUACUUUAUUCUGAUGCUUUUUGGUAGAAUCUCACAGCUUAAACACAGUUGGCCAGAGGUCGGCAACAGUUUCGCAUUUCAUCAGUUGCAUUCCAGUUUCAAAUUGUGUAUUUUUAUGAACAUUACAUAUCAGAUGUGUAAAACAGGCUGUAAAAGGCAUGUAUUUUUCAUGACCUCAGUACAAAACACAUUCAUUGUUAUCCAAUGCCAACUGCAAUACACAGAUACUUGAUACCGAGAAGUGCAUUUAAUAUAAGACGCUCAUGAUAUGAAUGUCAUGUAUUGUAUUACACCACUUAUUCAUGAAUGAGCCUGUUAAAUCGCACCUCACACAGCUUCAUUACAAUCAAAGUGAGAAAGAGCAAUUCUCUCUUAUUUAUCCUGAAAAGUUGAAACACAUAUUUUAAUCUGCCUCUGGAAAACACAUUACAUCAAUUUUUGCAGUGACAAUCAUACCUGUGAUCUGAGCGCUGCCCUCACUCCACCGAGCUUCAGCCUCAAAUUUAGCUUCUCUUGCAGUCCUGAGUCAUCGCAACGUUUAAUUACGCUCGAUUUCGCAUCGGCUGCGGGUGACUGGUUCAACAUCCACUGUGUGACAUAUUUUGUGUUUGUUUGAAGAAUGCAAAUAUGGACUUCGUUUCAUUCGCACAUGAGAGAAACGGCGUGCUCCUCAUCAUUUAUCAUGUAAUGAUUUAUCUCACAGCUGUCAAAAACAGAGCUGAAUGAAUGGAGAUGCUGAAGGUAGUGAAAAAUAUCGGAAGUGUUAAAAAGCCUUAAUAAUGCAAUACUAAUAGCGUAAAUAUAACCAUACAUAAGGACACAUAUUUAAAUGAUCCUUUCUUUCAUGUUGUACAUGAACAUUUGGUACAUUUGGUCCCACAUUAUUUAGGACAAAAAUACAGCAGUAGUGAAAAAACUAAAGAUAAAAGCAGCAUUGUAGAGGAACUGUUUGUGCGGCAGCCUCACAACAAAAGUGACCCUGGUUCAAAUACGUGUUGUUGAACAACCUGCAUUCAUUCUGUGUGGAGUUUAAAUGUUGUUGUGUGGGGGCGGCUGUCCGUGUAAAUGUCCAUGGUGUCCCUCACCUUCAUGUCCCUCAGGAUCACUGGGAAUAUGUGGUAGAAAACGUCGGUUUUCUGACCAAAAACUCCAGUUUGUAAAGCUGUUAGAUUCAUUCAUGGAUGCAAAAGUCCUUUCCAUUAACACUCGCCUAAUUAUUUCAUGACAUAUUUCGAAGGAUUUCUCAUAGAUUUUUUUACUUCUGUUGGGAGCAGAAACCUCUAAUUGGCGCAGUCACCUUGAAAUUUAGAUAGCUCCGGUAGCACUUGAGAAUUAGAUGGAACUUGGUCUGCAGAUCAAUUAGGAUGCCGCUGGAUACUGUUUCCUCGUACAGGGCCAAGCUGACACCUUCAGAGAGAAAACAUUUACUUUUCCGUUCAGGGAGCAAAGGUCAAUGAAACGUGUUGAGGCUCGUGUUGGCUGACAACUUUGACUUGCAAUUUGUGUGAGGUGUUUUCGUGUACUUGUUGAAUACACAUCGGAAGUCGUGGUGUACAGACCUCACAUGGGUCCUUUUCUCCUCAUUUCUAGUGGAGCUCAGUAUAACUUCAUAUUAUGUGCAGGAGGAAACGUCCUUCUUCACCUCCCUCAUUGAUGACUUGGUUUGUAGGCCACUUUAUUACCACUGGCCACAUUGUGGCAGUGACCAGGGCCCUUACACUCACCAGAUCAACUGAACAAUCUGUCUUCAAUUCACAGGCUCCGGUAAACCUCAUAUGAUGAACCUAAUCUACAUCAUUACUAGACACUAUUUUCUCUCCUCUACAUCUCCAUUCUCCUUUCCUUGUACAGCACAAACCCAAGGUGACUGUGACCUGGAUUUACGGUUCCUCUUUUCAUUCCUACGUUUUAGCUGUUGCCGGCAUGUUAAGUGGAUUGUAUUGAAGACAACAGGUCUUAUCACAAAAUUAACUGUCUCAGUAACUAGUGACCAUGGUAUGAAGAGGUUUCUGUGUUUGAAAUACAUUUUGCAAAUAGUGACAUGAUAUUGAACCAAAGUCAUUCUGUGUCAGCAGCACAGUGUGGGUGGGGCUAUCUAUUAUCAACCCUGACUGUUUUGAUAUUCCACAACAGAAUGAAAAGGAAAAAAGAAAAAGAAGCUUUUCAUAAAAGACAAAAAAAUCCAUAUGCAUGUGUUUAAUGAGUGACGCCAAGAGCUUUAGCUGUGUGUUUGCAAAAUAACUCCAAAACAGACGAACAGAUUUCGAAUACAUUUUGGGACAAGAAAGAGAUGAUUCAAGUUUGUUUGUGUUCCGUGUUACCAUCUUGGUCGACAAAUGUUUGGAUUUGCAAGCUCCUACUGCGUGUGUGUGUGUGCGUGUCUGUCUGGUUGAUCCUCCUAGGGGACCAAUUCUUGACAAAACACUCACCUUGGGAGGACCAUGGUUAAGUUAAGGGUGAGGGGCUGGAGAAAGCAUUCAGUCAAUGCAUGUAAUGCAAUACCAAAGUGUGUGUGUGGUGUGGUCCAUUUGUUAUUACACGUUAUUUCACUGAAAUCACUGCUUUUAUUUUUUUCGGCAUGAUCGCCCAAACAAAACGCUUGUUGUCACGUCACAUACCAAAACCUUCAACGUGGAGGGCCGCAUGUUUCUGUUCAUAUCACAUAACCUGGUUCUUCCACAGGGCCCGCAAAUGUUAUGAAUUUAAUCGUGUUACUCCCAAUGUGCAUAUACAGGGACACCAAUAUUUGCCUCCAUACUUUUAUUUGCGUCGCCGUUUGUGUGCAAGGACCUUUCGUGAAGCUAUUAACUACAUUAUCCAUAUAUUGAAGUCUGACUGAGAGAAAUUUGGAUUUCUCCCCAGUGGUCAGACUAUGCUGUUUACAUACAUUUAAAAAGUUUGGACUUAGCCCGACCAACACAAUAAUUUGGUUUCCUGGGGUAUGUGCGAAAAUUUUUGUUUUUUACAAAAUACUUCUAGUGAUUUUGAUAUUGGGCGAAAUUGAAGUUCGAAAUAGCUGAAAAAAAUAAAAAGGAAAUUGACUUUGCACCACUCCGCUGUGCGUUUAAACCCGACCCAUCAGUGCGUAAGAGAACGCUGAGGCCGGAACUGUUGAGCAAAGACAGAAUUAGAGGAAGUGCAUCUGCACCUCAAAAGGCUUAUUUUGCCAUCCACUUCCAGUGCUUUCUUUGUCAUCCCCGAAUUGUGUGACUGUGAAUGAGCCUUUUUCAAGCCUUCCCAGGCAAACCUACGGGCGGUUCCUUUUGGGUCUGAAUCUAAUGUAUGAUAUCUAC